AUGUUUGUUUACUCCACUGUCUUUGAACAGCCGCUGUUGCAGACAUCUCUUGUCGAGCUUUGGGGUUCUAUCCUAGCACAGGCUAAAGCAUCCAGAGUGUCGAUCCUUGUUCUUGUGUUCUAUACAAACAUGCUAGACAAUCUACUUCUGACGGCAGUAGUUCCUGUUAUUCCGGAGAUUCUGAUAGACCUUGAUAAGAAAUCAUUAGAGGAUACCAUACGGAAAGGACAUUUUUCAAAUUACGUAAACGUUACGGAUACUAUAUUAACAGUAAACCAGGAAGUGCAACCUUAUAUCAACACCACUGAAAAUGAUAUAGGAUUGGCUAAAAGGCUGCUUAUGUCGUUCAGCGCUGUAGACGAGAACAGUAGAGUUGGAUGGCUGUUAUCGUCAAAAGCAUUAAUACAAAUUGUAGCAAAUCCAGUCGCUGGAAUGCUUUGCAAUAGGUUUGGUUAUUCUGCUCUGCUUUUCAUUGGAACAAACACAUUAUUGGCGUCCUCCGUGAUCUACAUUUUCGGGGCGUCGCUUGUCCCAUUGCUAAUAGCCAGAUGUAUUCAAGGGAUCGGAUCAGCGGCUUCUACUAUAGCAGGAAUGAGUUUACUUGCUGAUCGUUAUCAGGAUGACAAAGAGAGAAGCCGUGCUAUGGGAGUUGCAAUGGGAGGAAGUGCAUUAGGUGUUGUUGUUGGGUAUCCUUUUGGAGGUUUCCUGUAUACGUACAGCAAUAAAUAUACACCAUUCGUUACCAUAGCGACGUUUGUGGCAGUAGAUAUUGGUAAGACACAUUGUGUACAUGUUGAUCAUACUAAGACUGUGUGUUGUGUCUGGAGCAUUACUUUACCUUGAUAUUUAAAGUGAUGUACUCCACUACAUCGUCUGCUAAGGGAUCCAUAUAUACUUGUCGCAGCAGGUGCUGUGAUGUUGACAACGACUGCCAUGGCGACACUGGAGCCUACGGUUCCUAUAUGGAUCAUUGAUACCAUGCAUGCUCAAAAGUGGCAGCUGGGUUUGGUUUUCUUACCCGACAGCAUUGGGUAUUUUGUCGGUGCCAAUUUUUUCGGAGUUAUUGCUAAACGAAUAGGAAGAUGGGUGUGUUCGCUAUGCAGUAUGCUUCUUAUUGGUCUUUGUCUAUCGUGUAUCCCUCUUGCUACCAGUGUCGCUGAACUCAUUCUUCCUCACUUUGGUCUCGGACUAGGCUUAGGUAUCACGGACGCUGCAAUCAUGCCACUACUAGCUCUUUUGGUAGAUACACGUCAUGUGGCAGUGUAUGGGAGUGUAUACGCCAUAGCACAGCUAGCUGUCUGUCUAGCGUACGGAAUAGGUCCUUCUAUUGCUGGGCAAAUAGUGAAGCUUGUAGGGUUUUCAUGGCUGAUGUGGGGUAUAGCUAUCAUGAACUUUGCAUUCAGCCCUCUGUGUAUCCUUCUGAGAAACCCUCCACUUAAGGACGAGAAUAAGCCCAUGCUGGAAAGUAUGGAGAAAAUGGACAACUACACGGAUACGAAAUCGGAAUAA